CGAUUUCAAAAAAAAGAUGAUAUUAGAAAUAAAGUAUAAGUAUCUUGAUCACUCUUAUCUUGUUAAUUCGCCUGUUCGUUGAGAGGCUGUUUUGAUUCUCUUCCAUACCGUUCACCAUGGGCCAAAUCGAGGAACUCCCCGACGACUUCGACGAGUCGCUCGAUCUCAAUAAACCUCCGAUCGAACCUAUCGCCCCGACGCUGCCACCCAGUGGUCUAGCAGCGAUUACUGGUGUUUCCAAUGAAGUUCCCUUCCCUAUCAAUGAGGAUAGAUUGAAAGAUGUACACAAUGAUCCAUCGGCGCCGCGGAUGCCCCCGGCAAUGGAGUCUGUCAAGUCGCAUACUGCAGAUGAAAUCUUGGAGAUGAUGAACAAGACGCCAUUGUUCAUGACGGAUUUGGAAAAUGCGGGUGAUGAGGAGGGAAAUAAUGUCAUGCUCGACGCUAUACGCGCUAUCCAAAACGAAGGUACCCGUGGUGAAGUUGCGCAGAAUUUCCGAGAGCAAGGAAACGAGUCUGCCAAGGCCAAGAAUUGGAGGGACGCGAAGGAAUUUUAUGAUAAAGCUAUUGCCGUCUUGGUCGUCAAGGAAGACAGGUGGGAAAAGCCAGAGGAUCCGGAGGCGGAGAAGAAGUUAUUGCGGGAAGUGGAAGAGGCAUGCUAUGCCAAUCGGGCUUUGUGCAACUUGGAACUGAGAAACUAUCGAUCUACGACACUGGACUGUGCCUCUGCACUGAAGGUCAACCCCAAGAACAUCAAAGCCUACUACCGGUCAUCCGCGGCAUUGCUUGCCUUGGAUAAGAUUGAUGAGGCUGAAGAUGCCUGCUCGCGUGGUCUGCAGCUCGACCCGACCAACAAAUCACUGCAGCAAGUGGCGUCCAAGAUCGCUGCUCGUAAGACUGUCGUGGAGCGCAUUGCGGCAAAGAAGAAGGAGGAAGAAGAACGAGCUCGCAAGGAGAAACUGAUUCUCAAUACGGCAUUGCGUGCCAGACAGAUCAGGACAAGAAUGACCAACCAGCCCCCCGAUAUGGAAGACGCCAAGAUCAAGAUGGUUCCUGAUCCGCUCUCUCCUGAAAGCACGCUUGUUUUCCCGACCGUGUUCCUCUACCCUGUACACGCGCAGUCGGAUUUCAUCAAAGCCUUCUCAGAGAUGGAGACUAUUGCCGAUCACCUUAGCUAUAUCUUCCCACUGCCAUGGGAUACCAAGCAGGAGUACACGCUUAAUAACGUCGAGUGCUACAUGGAGACUACCACAGGUGGUCUCAUCAAGGCUGGGAAGAAGCUCCCGCUGCUGAAGAUCCUUGCUGGAGGCAAGGUUGAAGUUGUCGAUGAACUCGUUCGCAUCAACGUCGUGCCGACAAGCCACGUUCCCAAAUGGAUUGAAGAAAUGAAGGCCAGGAAGGCAAGCUGAGUUAUCGGCGAUCAUAGUUGACUUGCCGCCAAUAAGCUUGUUCGGAAAGGGCAAGCCUUGUCCAAAUCUCCUCGCGACGGUGAUCGAUCUUCUUUUACACAGGCCGUCACCACCAGCUUGUACAGCGUAACAGCCGAGGUCCUCCCUCAAUGAGGAUGAUAGACCACUCUGAGUUGGAGAAUCCAUAUUCAGAUGAUGGUUGCCGGUGCUUGGCAGGC